UUAUUUUCCUUUGUUAUAAAUCGAUAGGAGCUAUCCGUUCCUAUCGCACCUGUCAGACGGUAAUUGACAAAAAUGAAAACAAGCCCAAGAACUGUUGACAUACAUCAACAUGUCAGUCAAGAAACAUUUAAUGAAUUAUAUACUAAGAGAGAACCUGCUGUGUUAAGAGGACUUGAUAUUGGACUUUGUCGGGAGAAAUGGACUCCGGAAUAUCUGGCAGAGAAAGGCGGAGAUAGAGAAGUAAAAAUACACGUGUCCAAGACUGCCCAGAUGGAUUUCAUCAACAAAAACUUCAUGUAUAGGUCAUUACCUUUCAGUGAGCUUGUUAAAAGGGCUUCAAAGCCAAAACAAGAAGAGUUCUUCAUAGAGGAGGUAAAAAAA